AUGGCCUGGGCCCUUCUCCUUGGACUUCUCCUACUUACGGCCCUGGCAGCCCCGUCCCAAGGCAACCGCCCCCGCGCCACCUCUCGCCUGCGUUACUCCAGGUUCCUAGAUCCUUCCAAUGUCAUUUUCCUGCGCUGGGACUUUGACCUUAAAGCUGAGAUCAUCACUUUCGAGCUCCAGGUCCGGACAGCUGGCUGGGUGGGCUUAGGGAUCAGGAAUCGCUCCACCAGCGUGCAAAGCGAUCUGGUUGUUGGAGGAGUCUUGCCUGACGGCAAUGUCUAUUUCUCGGAUCAGCACCUGGUGGAUGAAGACACCCUGGAGGAGGACGGAAGUCAGGAUGCUGAGCUGCUGGAGCUAACGGAAGACUCUGUCUAUACCACCAUGCGCUUUUCCAGGCCCUUCCGCUCCUGUGACCCUCAUGACCUAGACAUUAGGAGCGACACCAUGAGGGUGCAGGCUGCCUAUGGCCUGGAUGACACACCGAGGCUGGAUCGGGAGCGGACUUUUGUCAAGUCCAUCUUCCUGCUACAAAUAGUCCACCCAGAUGACCUCGAUGUCCCUGAGGACACCAUCAUCCAUGACUUGGAGAUCACUGAUUUCCUCAUUCCAGAGGAUGACACCACGUACGCCUGCACCUUCCUCCCUCUCCCCAUCGUUAGCAAGAAGCAUCACAUCUACAAGUUUGAGCCCAAGUUGAUCAACCACAACGAGACCAUGGUGCAUCACAUCAUCUUGUACGCCUGUGGCAACACCAGCGUUCUCCCCACGGGCAUCGGCGACUGCUACGGGGCUGACCCCGCCUUCUCCCUCUGCUCACAGAUCAUCGUGGGCUGGGCUGUCGGCGGCACAAGUUACCAGUUUCCAGAUGAUGUGGGCAUCUCUAUUGGGAUGCCCCUGGACCCCCAGUGGAUCCGCCUGGAGAUUCAUUACAGUAAUUUUCACAACCUUGCUGGUGUGUAUGACUCCUCGGGGAUCCGCGUGUACUACACCGCACAGCUCCGCAAAUACGACAUGGGGGUCCUGCAGCUGGGCUUCUUCACGUUCCCCAUUCAUUUCAUCCCGCCGGGGGCCGAGUCCUUCAUGUCCUACGGGCUGUGUAAGACGGAGAAGUUUGAAGAGAUGAAUGGGGCCCCCAUUCCCGAUCUACAGAUAUAUGGCUACCUGCUCCACACUCACCUGGCUGGGCGGGCUCUGCGAACUGUGCAGUACAGAAAUGGAACACAACUCCGAACCAUCUGUAAAGAUGAUGCCUAUGAUUUCAAUCUGCAGGAGACUCGAGAUUUACCCCAUCGAGUGGAGAUCAAGCCGGGGGAUGAACUGCUGGUAGAGUGUCACUACGAGACACUAGACCGCGACUCCUUGACUUUUGGAGGUCCCAGCACCAUUAAUGAGAUGUGCCUCGUCUUCCUCUUCUACUAUCCCCGAAACAACAUCUCCAGCUGCAUGGGGUACCCUGACAUCCUCUAUGUGGCCCAUGAGCUGGGGGAGGAGGCAUCAGAUUCCAUGGAGGGCAUGAUGGCCAUGAACAACGUCGAGUGGACACCAGAGAGCAUUAAGAAGGCUGAGAGAGCUUGCAAGGAGGCCCAGCAGAUGGUGAUAAUAAAGACCAUUGAAGAGGCAGUGGAAAACACAACAGGCUGGAUUCCAGAAAUCAUCCCUACCCCUCGGGGGCCCUGCUUGGAGUCCUCCGGAGGCAAAGUGGAACCCCAGGACAAAACCCCUGCAGGCGCCAGGGCUGCACCAGCAGCCCUCUCGGGCUCUGGCACCGCCACCGUGAGGUGCCUCUCCCUGGCUGCCCUCUUGUUGGGGCAGGGGGCCAUCUCUUGGCUCCUUGCCACCCUGCAGGCUGGAGUCUGA